UGCAGAGAUAGCAAGAGGGGGGCGUGCCUGCUCAAAACUACUGACAUCAACUUAUGAAUUCAUGGCAAAAUACUUGAACAAAAAUUGUUUUGAAGUGUAUUUUGUUCAAUCAUCUUUGUCUUGGAACCUCACUCUACAUUGUUGAUUAUAUUUAUUGAGUGCCACGAGGGUGUUCCACAUAUUCAAUUCAUCAGCAAUGCCAGGCCCUGUUAUGCCUGUAGAUAUUGCUAUGCAGAUGUACAUCACCCACUCUCCACCUCUCCGGAGCUUCCUCAGCUCCUAUGAGAACUUGAAGGUCAAGAACCGGGAAAACCACUACAAGCCCCUCCGGCCCUGCAUUAGCUCCCAAAGGCCCUUGGAGGCCCGGAAGAGCCCCAAGACCACCAUAAAGAUCCCCAAAGGCAAGAAGAAAGUGGUCUUUGCUGACUCCAAAGGCAUGUCCCUCACAGCCAUCCACGUCUUUUCAAAGUUCGAUGAAAAGCCUGUGCUCUCCGACUUACAAUUUGACCUUACAGACCUGGAGAAUGCCAACAUGCAGCUGAAGAUCAGCACCAUGCGAAGCCUGGUGCUGGACUUCCCCCAACCCGCUGCAGACUAUCUGGCCUUCCGGAACCGGCUGUUGAAGGACUCUGUGUGCCUGGAAAACUGCACACUGCAGGAGAGGUCACUCACAGGCACUGUGAAAGUCCGAAACCUUGGCUUUGAGAAAUCUGUCCAGGUCCGGUUGACCGUUGACUCAUGGAAAACCCACACAGACAUUGACUGCACCUUCAUAAACAACGUCUACAGUUGCCAGGACACAGAUACAUUCACCUUUGUCUUUGAUCUGCCAAGUUACGUGCAUCCUUAUAAUAAAGUUGAAUUUUGCAUAUGUUUCAAGAGCAAAGACCAGGUUUUCUGGGACAAUAAUGAUGGGGAAAACUACAUGCUCAAACCCAUUGGGUGGAAUGGAGAGGAUGUGCAAACACUGGCCAAAACCAUUGUUGAGCAUAAGAAACCAGCAGAGCACAACAAUGGUAAUAAACUACUGGAGAUGGAGUUUGACCAGUUUGGAAGUCCCCGUUUAUCAAGUGGACUCUUUCCUGGGUGGCAAAGCUUGGGCAGAAUUGAGAAUGGUGCCAACUACUGGUGAAAUUAGGAAAGACUUUCAUCUGGGGUGAAAUAGUAACUGAAGACGUAUAACAGGGAUGGACUUGGAUGGAGCAGGGUGAUAUAGAUGUAGGAUCUUAAUUAGACCCAGAUUGCUACAGCAGGAAAUUAAUCAUGCACCAACAGGAAAUGUGAAUUAGUAUGUGGAUUAUAAUUAAUGGACAUUUUUCUAGGAGUUGGUCCAUUUGUCAUAAGGGAAAAUCAAAUCUGAAAUGUCUAAGCUGAAAUUAGAAAUGUUUGUCUUUUUUAAACCUCAAAUACACUACAAGUUUUAAAGUUACUGCAUUGCAGGACAGUUAUCCUGCAACAGGGUGAUCAAAUUAAGAUCCUACAUCUGUAGCAGUAGUAGUGACAUAACUUACUGUAUAUUAAAAUGUCAAUAGCUGCUUUGAAUGCAAUGAAGCAUAUCAAGAAAGAAAAAGUCUAUGGAAAUAUGGACCAUGGCUAGAUUCUACUACUAUUUGGUUACCAUUGAGACACUUUCUAAAUAUGAUCAGAGGCAAUUGAUUUUUAUUUUAUUUGACAUGUGAUUCUUGUGUAAAGCAGUUUAGUGCCAUUUCAAUAUUGUGCCUGUUAUAAAACAAAAGCCCAUUGAAACUUAAUUUUGACAAUCUGUAACCAGACAUAAGCUGGAACUUGGAACUUAUCGUAAGCAUAUGCACUGACUGAGAUGAACAUCCUGAUUUCUAUGCAUAGAGUAUGUGGUGAGAUUGGUACCAAUAGGAUGUCCUUCAUAUUGAAGGGUUAGACUGGUACCAUCCAUCUGGGGGGAAAAAUAAACGUAAUUCAAUCAAAUAUGAAUUUAUGUGAGAUUUAAUAGUACAGUAAAUCAUACAAAUUAUAAAAUGCUGCACACUGCUGCUCAUGCUCCCAGGUGAUUUUAUUAUAACAACAUUUCAACCCUUAGUUCUUCAUCAGGCAUCCAUAGCCCAGGUGUUGGUGGAAGGUCCUAUAAAUAGGGGCAGUACUCAGUGACAUCACCUCCUGAAACAGCAGGUAAAAAUAUAUAACUUAGGUUCCCAAUAUCAACAUUCAAAGUAUCAAAAUAUAUGACCAUACGCAAGGAAUGUGAUCAAUAUUUACGAUAAUAUAAACUCAGCAAAGAAAGGAGCGUCCCUUUUUCAGGAGGAUCCUGUCUUUCAAAGAUAAUUAAUAAAAAUCCAAAUAACUUCACAGAUCUUCAUUGUAAAGUGUUUAAACACUGUUUCCCAUGCUUUUUCAAUGAACCAUAAACAAUAAAGGAACAUGCACCUGUUGAAUGCACCUGUUAAAAGUCACUAACAGCUUACAGACGGUAGGCAAUUUAGUUCACAGUUAUGAAAACUUAGGAAACUAAAGA